CAUUUAUAACAUUAAAAAAUUAUACUAUAUGAAAUGAUAAUUCUGAAAGCAUUUAGAUUAGUAUUUAUUUAGUUAUUAGUAUUAUUUUUUUUUAAAUCUACUAGCAAUUAGUAGGUAGAUUAGGUGAGAUAAUGAUGUGGGUGAAAUUUGUAUGUAAGGAAGUGAUGGAUUAAACAUUUAAACAUGGGAAUAAGUGAUUUGGCUUUAUUACACCUAAACUUAGUUUGUUUAGUUCCUUAACUUUAUGUACGAACCACCGACGCGACUUCAUCAUUAAAAGUCAGCAGGGUUAAUACAAGAAAAAUUGUCUCGUCUCAACGAAAAUAAAAGAGACUAUAAUUCCUCUAACACAAGGCUCCAAACCACAAAAAUCCACUCAAUUUAUGGGCACCAGCUUUAGAGAUAUAAAGUGGAAUGUGAAAAGCUAAGCUUCCAAAGAUAAGAGAGAGAGAGCAAUUCCUUCUCCUCCCCCACGGCCCCCAAUAUCUUCAGUAGAAGAAUUCAUGGAAGACUUUAGAUCUAAAUCAUGUGGCGAUGGAAGAAUGCAGCAGAUAGAGAGUUAUAACGGACCCACUUCGUCGUAUGGGAAUGGUAUCCAUAGCAUGCAAGAUCUCAGGUGUUACAGUGCAUCCUAUGCCUCAAAUGUGCGCCAAUGCCAGACCCAGAUGCAUAAUAACGAUACUAAGUUAAAAAAAGUCAAGUACACAAGUGGGUCUUCUUCUAAAAGCUGGAGUUUGAAUGAUCCGGAGUUGCAGAGGAAGAAGAGGGUAGCUAGCUACAAGGUUUACGCUGUUGAAGGGAAAGUGAAAGGAUCUUUCAAGAAGAGUUUUAGGUGGCUCAAGGAAAGGUACACUAGGGUAGUUUAUGGGUGGUGGUAAAAUUUAUACUUGCUUGCUUGGUUGUCUGUGAAGGAAUUUAUGGGUAAAAAUCAAUUAUGUAUGAACUCUCUAACGAAAUGCUCCUCUCCUUUCCUGCACUGUUGAAUUAAUAAUCGUUCUAUUUUGCUUUGUAUACUUAUUAGCUUUGCGUUCUAUCUGUAAUUUUGAGGCUCAUUUCGUCUUCUAAAAAAUGUAAGCUAUCUGAUUUCUGAAGGCAUAUAUAUAUAUAUAUAUAUAUAUGUACAUGAAAAUUUGGAACAUCAAUACAAUCAUAGGUUAUAGAUUUGUGGUUUAAAUCUCGGCAAAAAAAAAAAAAAAAGGGACUUGGUGGUUUAAGUGGUUUGGGAUCACUUUUCGUAGAAUUCAAUGCAGACCGCCAAUGGAACUAUCUAUUCCAUUUAUUGGUUACUUCGGCAAUUUAUUAUUUCAAGCCAACUUACCAUGGCUAUGGAUGUUUUGUUACAACUACCAUCUUGAUUCCGUAAGAAUAAAAAUGUUUCAAGUGGAGAGUGCCAAGGUAAAAUGGAAAUGAAAACAGACAAACCAAUGAAAAAGCAAUGGUUAUGAUUAUCAUGUCCUGCGUUUAAGUUCCCUUAGUUCACAGGAACAGAAUCUUGAUUAUCAUGUCCUGAAUCCUACUUUCCGUUAUUAUGUAUGUAUGUAUACAUAUACAUAUGUCCACUAUAAAGAACAAAUAAUCCAUAAAUUUGCCUUACCAGCAUUGACACAAAGAAAAAAAAAA